AGGCAAGUGAGUCUUCGCAAUUUCGUGCAACAUAUUUUUCAUCCAUUUUUCUAUUUCUUGAUAGAUAUAUGAAAUUGAUAGUGAUUCUGCUAUUACUUUACCCAUUUGUUUCAGAAACUGGUUGAUUACUAAAGUAGGAUUGAUGCUUUAACUAAUUAUUUCUCAUAGUCAAGGUCCCUUGAUUUCAUACUUUCUUUUGAAUUUACCCCUAUUCCAAUUGAAAAAUUGCUCUUUUUUCUUUUCUUCUCUUUCGCUAUCUUAAAUGGAUCAUCCUCCUGACAAGGUCACCAAAGACAAGGCAUCGAUCAAAGACGGUGAAAUUGCAGUUGAGACAGAGACUCUUCCUCUCUACUUUACUACGAAUUCCCCUUCUAAUGAUGAUUUAUUCGAUACGAAGGACUUUGAUCAAGUUUACUUGGCCAAGUCUCGCAUCUUGAGUCAAGCCAUUGACGAAAUUGGGUUUGGUAAAUAUCAAUGGGCAUUACUCUUCAUCGCUGGAUUUGGGUGGAUGUCUGAUAACAUUUGGCCUGUUGUCACUUCUUUAAUUUUGUCUCGUCUCAAUGAGGUAGACGGCGUUCACCCUCCUGACGCAAAGGACGCUCCUUUGUUGACCUUGGCUCAGAACUUGGGGCUCCUAGCUGGCGCUGCCUUUUGGUCCUUGUCCUCAGAUAUAUUCGGUCGUUUAUGGGCUUUUAAUUACACCUUUCUCAUCACUGGAGUUUUCUCCCUUGUUGCCGGGGCAUCCCCCAAUUUUGUUGCUAUUGCAGUAUUCAACUCGUUUUGGAGUUUUGGUGUCGGAGGUAAUUUACCUGUCGAUUCCACAAUUUUCCUCGAGGCAAUUCCGAGCUCUUACCAAUGGCUUUUGACUGUCAUGAGUGCUUGGUGGGCGUUAGGACAAGUUUUGGUAAACCUUAUUGCAUGGGGCUUGAUUGCAAAUUUUUCGUGUUCUAAUUCGGAUGAACCAUGCUAUAAAGCCAAUAACAAAGGAUGGAGAUAUCUUUUGUUUACUAUGGGUGGUUUGACCCUAUUCAUGUUCCUUGUCAGGUUUUUAUUUCCUCUUGUGGAGUCUCCUGGUUUUCUAUUAGCUAAGGGUAAAGAACAAAAAGCUGUUCAAGCAGUGCAUAAGAUGGCGAGAUAUAACAACAAAAUCUCUUCUUUGUCUGUGCAAGACUUCUGCAUGGUCCAACCUUCUCCCUCGAAUGAUCCGGAAUCUCAAGGUAGAAACACACUAGGAGGUGCAACAAAAAUUUCUCCUCUGCAAGAAGUACUAAAAAAAUUCAAUUUUCAGACCAUUCGUCAAUGUUUUCGUUCAAAAAGACUUAGCCUAUCUUCUACGUUGGUAAUAUUUUCUUGGGCUCUCAUCGGUCUAGCAUUUCCGUUAUACAAUGCGUUUCUACCUUACUAUCUUGAAUCAAGAGGAAAUGCUAAUAAGCCUUUAAGUGUUUACGAAACUUAUCGAAAUUCGCUCAUUGUUUCCACCUUGGGCAUCCCCGGUUCCUUACUAGCAGGUUUACUAGUUGAACUUCGAAUUGGUCGUAAAGGUACCCUUACUCUUUCUCUUAUGCUUACGGGUGUUUUCUUAUUUGCUUCAACAACGGCAAAAACAAGUAAUGCGUAUCUCGGGUGGAACUGCGCUUUCACUUUUGUUUCAGACAUUAUGUAUGGCGUAUUAUACGCUUAUACACCGGAGGUUUUUCCGUCCAAAGUUCGCGGUACUGCAAUAGGAUUAGCUUCCUCUGCAAAUCGGGUCCUUGGUGUAUUCGCUCCCAUCAUUGCUAUGUAUGCGAAUCUCAAAACCUCUGCUCCAAUAUUUGUAAGUGGAGCUCUAUUUAUAUUCGCCGGUCUUUUAACCAUAUUCCUUCCGUUUGAACCAAGGGGAAAAUCAAGCUUCUAAAACUUUUCACCCAUGUUACGAUUUAUGGUCAACAAGUCAUCUUAUUAUAUCUGCCUAUAACCGACUUAACUUAAUUAAUUAACAAGUUAUAUUAUAAGAGUAAUUAAAUUAAAGUAUAUAAUUAUUUUGAAAAGAUCUAUUCUAUCAAGAUAAAACAUCUACAUUUAACGCGCGGAAUAAUUAAUUACCUUGAAUUUCAAGAUGGUUAAUUAAAUAUAUAUCCAUAGCUUCAAAUGAAACCUGCAACACAUUCACGUAUAAUCUGAUGUAAAAACAUAAGUAUUUAUUUGCGAAACUCGACCA